GCACCCAGCGGAUGUAAACAGUAGCAGCGAGUAGCAGUAGCUACCUGUGUGUAAUGAACGAAGUGAAGGCGGUAACGUUACUGAGUCACAGCGCAGCUCAUAAUUGAAAGAAUAAUAAAAGAACGAUGAGUUCAGCUGAGAGUUUGAGAAAGUUUGUCAACGAGCGACUAAAUGCUGCUGCUGAAGAAAUAUUCAGAGUUUUUAAAACAACUAUCGUCCAGUACGAGGAAGAGAUCGAUCGGCAGCGCGUCAUGCUGGAUAUCUGCUGGAAACCCCAAGUAAACUUACACAGGAUAGAGCUUCCACAGCAACAUGUCUGUAAGAAGGAGGAGGAGGAGGUUCUUGUUGACCAGCAGCUCUGUAACCAGGAGAGGAACUCCAGUCUGAACCAAGAGCACCCAGAGCCUCCACAGAUUAAAGAGGAACAGGAGGAGCUCUGCAUCAGCCGGGAGGGAGAGCAGCUUGUACUGAAGGUGGAGGUGGAUACCGUCAUGCUGACUCCAGCUUAUGAAGAAAGUGACCACAGUGAAGCAGAACCAACAAGUGACCACCAGCUCGUCUCUAACCACUCUGAUGUAGCUGAGAGCCGAGACCAGAAAGGAGGAAAACAUGGAGACUCAGGAUCAACUGGAAAUGGAGAGCGGAAACAAAAGAAAAGACAUCACGGAAGCAAAAGUCCCAGUUAUAAUGCAAAAAACUCUACUUCAUCAGGCUCUCAACAGAACACUUACCCAGGUGAAAAGUCUUUCAACUGUGACACAUGUGGAAAGACUUUUCAGUUUAAGUCCCUAUUGAAUUCACACCUAAGAACCCACACAGGUAUGAAACCGUAUAACUGUGAAAUUUGUGGGAAGGCUUUCAUGGUAAACAAUAAAUUAAUACGUCACAUGAGAACCCACACAGGUGAGAGACCGUUUCCCUGCAAAACAUGUGGGAAGACUUUCACGCAAAACUGUAACUUAACACGUCACAUGAUGAACCACACAGGUGAGAAGCCGUUUCCCUGUGAAAUUUGUGGGAGGGCUUUCGAGAGCCAUUGUCAUUUAACUUAUCACAUGAGAACCCACACAGAUGAGCGGCCAUAUUCUUACCAAACAUGUGGGAAAGGUUUCAAGUCUCAUGGUGAAUUGAAGCUACACAUGAGAAUCCACACAGGCGAGGAACUGUUUGCUUGCAAAACAUGCGGGAAAGCUUUCACACUAUCCAGUAACUUAAAAGCUCACAUUAGAACCCACACAGGCGAGAAACCGUUUACUUGCAAAACGUGUGGGAAAUCUUUCAGCCAACGUACACACAUGGCCGUCCACAUGAGAAUCCACACAGGCGAGAAACUGUUUGCUUGCAAAACAUGCGGGAAAGCUUUCACACUAUCCAGUAACUUAAAAGCUCACAUUAGAACCCACACAGGCGAGAAACCGUUUACUUGCAAAACGUGUGGGAAAUCUUUCAGCCAACGUACACACAUGGCCGUCCACAUGAGAAUCCACACAGAUGAGCGGCCAUAUUCUUGCCAAACAUGUGGGAAAGGUUUCAAGUCUUGUGGUGAAUUGAAGCUACACAUGAGAACCCACACCGGCGAGAAACCGUUCACUUGCAAAACGUGUGGGAAGGCCUUCAGCCGACGUACACACGUGACAGUCCACAUGAGAACCCACACAGAUGAGCGGCCAUAUUCUUGCCAAACAUGUGGGAAAGGUUUCAAGUCUCAUGAUGACUUGAAGCAACAUGUGAGAAUCCACUCCGAUGAGAGGCCGUAUUCUUGCAAAACAUGUGGGAAGAGUUUCAAGCAAAACAGUGCCUUAGCCAAUCACAUGAAAACUCAAGGUGAAAAGCUGCAUUAUUGCAGGACAUGCGGGAUGGCUUGCAGGCAGCAAAUAAGUAGAAAGAAGAAGAAAGAAACGAAGAAACCACACAACGACCACUACCGCUGUCAGUCCCAGUCCACAGUAGAGGAAGAUCAUUCCCCAGCUGACCCUGUUCAGUCUCUCAGCUGCAUUGUUGAGAGCAUCUUGACCAGCAGUAUGACUGGUACGGCUUUGGAGUCCACAGGAGAGCUGCCUCAAUCCUCAAAGAUCCCACCCACCCCCAGCACGGUCUGUUCACACUUCUACCCUCAGGCCAGAGAGCUCCCACAGCAGGAGGGGGUUCUUGCUGACCAGCAGCUCUGUGACCAGGAGAGGAACUCCAGUCUAGACCAAGAGGACCCAGAGCCUCCACAGCUUAAAGAAGAACAGGAGGAGCGCUGCACCAUCGGAGAGGGAGAGCUGCUUGUACUAAAGGUGGAGACGGAUACCGUCACUGUGACUUCAGCUUAUGAAGAAAGUGACCACAGUGAAGAAGAACCAACAAGUGACCACCAGCUCCUCUCUAACAACUCUGAUGUAGCUGAGAGCCGAGACCAGAAAGGAGGAAAACAUGGAGACUCAGGAUCAACUGGAAAUGGAGAAACAAUGAGUUCAGUUGAGAGUUUGAGAGAGUUUGUCAACCAGCGACUAAAUGCUGCUGCUGAAGAAAUAUUCAGAGUUUUUAAAACAGCUAUCGUCCAGUAUGAAGAAGAGAUCGAUCGGCAGCGCGUCAUGCUGGAUAUCAGCUGGAAACCCCAAGUAAAGUUACACAGGAUAGAGCUCCCACAGCAACAUGUUUGUAAGGAGGAGGAGGUUCUCGCUGACCAGCAGCUCUGUAACCAGGAGAGGAACUCCAGUCUGAACCAAGAGGAUCCAGGGCCUCCAGAGAUUAAAGAGGCACAGGAGGAGCUCUGCACCAGCCGGGAGGGAGAGCAGCUUGUACUGAAGGUGGAGACGGAUACCGUCAUGCUGACUCCAGCUUGUGAGGAAAGAGACCACACUGAAGCAGAACCAACAAGUGACCACCAGCUCCUUUCUAAGAACUCUAACGUAGCUGAGAGCCGAGACCAGAAAGGAGGAAAACAUGGAGACUCGGGAUCAGCUGGAGAUGGAGAGCGGAAGCAAAAGAAAAGACAUCACAGAAGCAAAAGUCCCAGUUAUAAUGCAAAAAACUCUACUUCAUCAGACUCUCAACGUAACACCCGCCCAGGCGAAAAGUCUUUCAGCUGUGACACAUGUGGAAAGACUUUUAAGUUUAAGUCCCUAUUGAAUUCACACCUAAGAACCCACACAGUUGAGAAGAUGUUUACUUGCAACACAUGUGGGAAAGCUUUCAGCCACCCUGUACACUUAACAGCUCACAUGAGAACCCACACAGGUGAGAGACCGUUUACCUGCAAAACAUGUGGGAAGGCUUUCACGCAAAACUGUAACUUAACACGUCACAUGAUGAACCACACAGGUGAGAAGCCGUUUCCCUGUGAAAUUUGUGGGAGGGCUUUCGAGAGUCGUUGUCUAUUAACUUAUCACAUGAGAGUCCACACAGGUGAGAGACCAUUUACUUGCAAAACAUGUGGGAAAGGAUUCACAUUAUCCUGUAACUUAAAAGCUCACAUGAGAACCCACACAGGCGAGAGGCCUUUUAAUUGCAAAACAUGUGGGAAAUCUUUCAGCCAACGUACCCACAUAACGAUCCACAUGAGAACCCACACAGAUGAGCGGCCAUAUUCUUGCCAGACAUGUGGGAAAGGUUUCAAGUCUCAUGUGGAAUUGAAGCGACACAUGAGAAUCCACACAGGCGAGAAACCGUUUGCUUGCAAAACGUGCGGGAAGGCUUUCAGCCGACGUACACAGAUGGCAGUCCACAUGAGAACCCACACAGAUGAGCGGCCAUAUUCUUGCCAAACAUGUGGGAAAGGUUUCAAGUCUCAUGAUGAAUUGAAGCAACACGUGAGAAUCCACUCGGAUGAGAAGCCGUAUUUUUGCAAAACAUGCGGGAAGGCUUUCAAGCAAAGCAGUGGCUUAUCAAGUCACAUGAGAACUCACACAGGUGAGAAGCCGUAUUCUUGCAAGACAUGCGGGAAGACUUACAGGCAUCGCAGCGCCUUAACAGCUCACACGAGGACUCACACAGGUGAGAAACCGUAACCUUGCCAGACCUGAUAUGUGACGACACAUACACCUGAGUAGCCUUGCAUUUGCAAAAUUUGUUGGCGGUGGUUCAGUUCUAGCGUUUCAUGCAAAAUUGCAGAACUUUAACUUUAAAUAUCCUUUAAUCUUGAGGAUAGAUGAUCAGUAUACACAGGAGAAAUGAUGAGCUGGCACUGAAUGUGUACGGUUUCUCCUUGAGAAGAUGUUAAAAUAUGUUUGUUUUUAUCUUCAUGCUGAUUUGCCCAUAACUGUUAACAUGAUGAAUAAAAAGUCAAGUUAAUCAGU